AUGCUACAAAAAGGGAUACUUUAUGAGAUAAAAAAAGAAACCACUUUACCAUCUUCCCCAGCCCCAUCUAUUGCGAGUUCCUUAGAAAGACUGAAAAUAGAUUCCGAUGAUGAAACCCAAGCGAGAGAAGUUCGGCUUACACCUGUAUUCCAAGAAGUAACCCGAACCACACUUGAGCCCGAUUGCAGCAAUAUUCCGAUAAUAAGGACAUUCCAACCCCUGCCACGCCUGAACCCUGCCACGCCUGCUACUCUAAAUCCUGCAUCUCAGUCGCUUCUGCAUCACAAGUUCGCCUGCACAACCUUCAGUGUCCAUACCUAG